AUUAUUUUUAUUGUAAAUUAGAUAUAACAUAUUAUAUGAUACUAUGUCAACUGUAGAACUUCGAAAUAUUUCUCUAAUACUGAUUUAUGAGAAUUGCGAGAUGAGUUUAAAAUGUUGUCACACAAAGUCUUUUAGGAAUCAUUGGUAUUGUUAGUUAUUGGGUUGUCGGUUGUUAUGAAGAUGUGUUUAAAUACCGGAUUUAUAAUUUGGAAGAAUAAAUAUCAACGAAAACCCAAUCUAACGUAGCGUCAACCCAACUUCAAAGCUAGCUUUCUCCUUCCUAGUCUUGCGGCCUCUUAAAUAGUCAGGAAAAAAAAAAAGGAAAACUUAGAGGAAAUUCUAAGGGACCCAUGUCUUCAAGUGCCAUUACUUCGCUUUCAAGACCGAUCAACUCCCACCCUAGAAUUUAAUUUCCUUUCUUAAAGCAUGAAGCCAACUAACUUCCUUGUUCUCUUGUAGCUCUUUCAUUCUGUCUUCAAUUUUUCAGAAAGCAGAAUUUGUAUUCCUGUAAUGGAUAAAUAUAGCAAUCAUUUGGACAUGGGGAACUCUGCUCCUGUUUCUACAACCUCGGACUCGGCCCUAAACCUUCAAUGGUCCACUGGUUCUAAGCCGGAGAUCAUCUUAACCGAAUCACUGUUCAAGAAAGACAUAGUCAAAGGCCAAAACUCAAUUGCUGAACAUGCUUUGAUGCCUUUAGCCAGUUCUGGUAGAUCAAGUGAUGAGGAGGAAGUAUAUUUUGAUCCAUGGCUCCGGUUAGAAUCUGACUGUGAAGAUUUCUUCAGUGUCAGUGGGGAUACUACCCCAUCUUGCGACAACACUCCUAUCCACCAAAGCCGCUUCCAAGAAACUCCUCAUGUAGAUAAACCCCUGCCAAUUUACAUGGACAGUCCACCCACUUCCAUUUUUGAACCCUCCCCAACAGUCAUGAAGAAACAACUGAUUGAGCUUUUUCAAGAGAGUUUCAGGAGCGAUGCUGUUGAUCAUGUCACUCAAAAUUUGCAAGCAAGGUCAAAGGCCAAUCUUUCCAUUCUUCACAUUCCUCCAAAUUCUUCAAAUAAAAGCCUUUAUGAUUGUGUAGCAAACUCUGCAUGCAGUAGCGAGACAAGCCCUGACACAAGUUACAGCCCGGCCAGGAAGGGGAGAUUCGCAAAGUCCGUGCGGUGCUGCCUCCCAAAUUUCGUGCCCAACCUCAGCUCUGCCGGUGGGAGGAAGAGGCUGAGCGUUUCCCGUAGUUGUAAACGCUAAAAGCCUAGCUUCUAAAGAAUUUGCUACUCCUAAGAUGCAUAUAAAAGGACAUAAUUAAUUCGAAUCUGAGAAUCUUUUUUCA